GUUUCAGGUCAGCUUUUUUAAUAUCAUUGGCUUUUGAGACUUCCCAUUAGGUGAUUUGCCUAUGUUACAGUUUUCUGGCAUUGUAUUAAGAUACACUUCAGAAAAUGUUUUUGUACCACUAACAGUUGGAGGUGGGAUUAGAGACUCUACAGAUGCAAAUGGCAGGUACUAUUCAAGUUUGGAAGUUGCUUCAGAAUAUUUCAGAUCUGGGGCUGAUAAAAUUUCUAUCGGAAGUGAUGCAGUUUAUACUGCAGAGGAUUACUUGAAAACUGGAGUAUGCAGGGCUUCUCCUGAUUAAUACCUUCAAGUUGUUAGUCUCAAAAUGCUAAUGCAUGCAUGUUUCCCAUUUCUAAUAGUUUGUCUGAAUGCUCCUUUUAGGAAAAGACUGGGAAAAGUAGCUUAGAACAGAUUUCUAGAAUUUAUGGAAACCAGGUAAUUCCUUGUUAUUGAAGCAUCGCCCUCUUCACGUAUUUAUCUUCAUUAACUGUCUUCUGAGAACAUUUUCCAUGCCAUGCUUCUCAGCCUUUCCAAAUUUGAUCAGUUUCUUAUUUUGAGCCUUUCUCUUUGCUUUCUUGAAAAUUGAAGAAUAUUUUUCAUGGCUUGCUUCUUAAAUUCCAGAUAAAAACUGAGUUUUUUUGUUGCUGGUAAGCAUAGUAAAUUGAUGAUGAGGUGUUAGACAUAUGGUGGAAGUUUCAUUUCUUCAAUUUUUUUGUUUGAUUCGAUUGAUAGAUCAUUGUAUUACCCACAUGCUGGCACUAUUCUUUCUAUGCUUUUCUGUUAAUGUCAUAAACACAUUUUGAAGGGCUAUUUGUCUUGCUUUGUAAUUGCACUAUUGCAGAAACAUGUGUGGUAUCAACAAUUUUGUAAUAUAGCAUGAAUUUGCUG